AUGAAUAAUGAAUCCUAAUCAUAUGCAUCAUAUUCACGCAAUUAGAACAAAGAUCCUCAAUAAUAAAGUUACCAUUCAGCAACUUUUCAAACUCUACAAACAUCAUAACGAAAUUACAUUUUAGAACAGAGUUAAAAUGUGAAUGAUGAAGAAAAACGAUUAUUGCAAAAACGAAUUGAUGAUUUAGAAUUUCAAUUAAAAAACCUUUCACAAAAACCUGUCCUUUAUGAAUAAGAAAUAGCCAGAUCAACAAUCUAGAGAGAAGCACUUCAAACUGAUUUUGGUAGUGCGAAUUAAACAAUUAGAUAAUUGCAAUCCAAAAUAUCAGAUUUAGAAGUUUCUAGUUAAAUUCGAUUGUCUUAAUAGAAUGAGGCUAGCAAACGAUAGAUUCUUGAUUUAGAAGAUAGAUUACAGAAAUUAUAAAUCUAAUGUGAUUCUUAGGUUAUCCAAAUAAAUUAAUUGUAAAGAGACAAACUCAGUUUGGCAUCAUAAUGUUAAGGUUUGUAAGAUCAAAUUGGAAGUUCUAAAUUGAAUUAUAAAUAGGAAAUAUCUGAAGGAGAAUUAAGAUACACAAAAGAAAGUUAAAGGUUAUCAUUGGUUGUAAAUGAAAAAUAAGUAAAUAUUCAAUAAUUGGAAUUGAGAUUCUAAUAAUUAAGUGAUCAAUAUCAAAAUUUAUAAAGGAAAUACGAUUAAGAUAUUUCGUCAUUGAAAGUUUAAUGUAAUGAUACUGAAGAUAGAUAUAGAAGAUUGCAAUAAUAAUUCGAUUAAUAAACUAUUCUGGUUAAUACAAUUAAUUAGGAAAAGUAAAACUUAACAGUUUAAUUGGAUAAAUUGUAAUCAGAAUCUAAUACAAAUAUAUAUAAUUAUCAAUCUACAAUUAAAACUAAUGAAUCUAAAAUUAUUAGAGAUUAAUAAUAAUUUUAAGCUUAAUUAAAUGAAAAGAUUUAAUUGAUUAAUGAGUUGGAAAAAAAGAAUAGAUAAUAAUUAGAUUAAUUCUUUUCUUUGUAAUAAUUGUAUGAUAAGGACACAUAAGCUAUGAAUAAUAGGAUACAAGAUCUUGAAGAUAAAUUAACCAAAUUAUCUAGAUCAUUUGAUUAAUAGACAAAUGAACUUAAUUAGGUUUAUUCUGAUAAAGAAAGAUUUGAAAGAUAAUAUUUAAAAUUAUAAGAUGAGAUUAAUACUUAAAAGUUGAGAUACAAUCAAGAAAUAACUAAAACAGAUGAAUUAUCUUAAAAAGAAAGAUCUUGGUUUUAAGUUUAAUUGAAUGAUAGAUAAUAAACUAUCACAGAACUUGAAUUAAAAGUUAAAUAAUUGGGUGAACAAUUACAAACAAUUUAAAGGAGAACUGAUAGUGAUGUUUUGAUAUUCUAAAAAUAAAUUACAGAAUUAUCAGAUAGAUUAAGAUAUCAACAAGAAUAGUUAGAUUUAAAGAAUAAUCAAUUUAAUUAAUUAAAUAAGGAAAAGUGUUUAAUUACAAAUCAAUUUGAAUAAUUGCAAUAAGAAUUUAAUGACUACAAGCGAAUUUAUGAGAAUGAUGUAUCUAAAUUGAAUAGAGACAAUCAAAGAAUCACCAGUAGUGUACAUGAUAAAACCUAAUCUUAUAUAUAAUUAGAAGGAAAGUAUCAAUUGUUGAAUGAAGAAUUUUAAGCAUUACAAGUAAGAUUUGAAAAAGAAACAAAUAAUUAUACAAUGAGAAUGAAAGAGUUAGAAGAAGAUUUAUCCAUAAUGAUAGAAAAUUAUAAACGAGAAUAGAGUGUAAUUAAAAAUUAUAUAUUUUUAGAUUAAUAGAGAUUGGGAAUAAUAAGUGAUUCGAUUAAAAUAGUAAAUUAAAUAUUCAGUUGAUGAAACUAGAAUCUCAACAGAGAGAACUUUAAUUGAGAAGUAUGAAAGUUUAACGAGUGAAUAAAAAUAAGAAUUUGAUAUCAUAUUUAAUAAAUUGAAUUAGGAUAAAAAUGAAUUAAGAUUAUAAUUAAAUUAAAAAGUAGAUUAAAUAAGAGCAUUAGAAAAUCAAGUUACAUAAUUGAAUUUAUAAAAUACAAAAAAUUAGACAUUAAUUGCAGAACUAGAAUCAGCUAAUCAAUCAUUAAAGUAUUAAAUCAAUGAAUAAGAAUCAAAAAUUAAAACUUUAAUAUUAUAGGAGUUUGAUUCUUUAGUAAUUAAUUUAAUUUUAUAUUUUAGAGAGAUAAAUCAGCAGAUUAGAUGAUUAGGAAUUUAAUGGCAGAAAUAAAGGCAUUACAAAACAAAUUAAAAAAGUAUGAAGUUUAUGUUAAGAAUAUUGAUGAAUAAAAGCUUUAAGAAUAAUUUUAAAAUGAAGCAAAUCUUGGUAGAAGUAGUUAUGUAGUUGAAUAAAGAAUAACUACAGGAAGUGUAAUAGGAUAAGGAAGUGUAAUAGGUUAAAGAAGUGUAAUUGGUUAAGAUAGUAAUCUUUAGAAUAAUAAUAAUGGUAAGAUAUAAUAAUUAGAGAGUACUCUAAAACUUUAUUAGUAGAGGGAGAAAGAGUUAGUGAAUUAGGUUAAUUAAAUGAGUUCAUAAUUAAAUUAAUAAGGAACUAGUUCUUAAAGAAAUUCAUAUAUGAAUAUUCAAAACAAUGAUAAUGGAUUAACUUAAUUAAAUGAAAAGAUAAAAAGUUAAGAGAGGGAAAUCUUUGAAUUGAAAUCAAGAAUCUAAACAUCUUCAUAAAUUUCAUAAACAAGAGUUGAUACCAGAUUCGAAUAAUCAUAAUUGGAGGAAAAGAAUAGAAGAAUUAUUGAAUUAGAAAAUAAGUGUGCUCUUUUAGCUAAUGAGAAUUCAAGAUUGAAUUUAAUGAGAGUAAAUUAUUAUAUUUAAUUGUAGAGUAAAGUACUCUCUGGUUAAUAAAAUCAACCUUAUGAAUCUUAAAGCAAUAAUGGAUCGCAAAGAUAUUAUUAAUGA